AGCAGAGGCAGAUAAGUCGGAGGUGGCCGACAAGUAGACAGCCUGAUUUUGUGGACAGCAACUCUCCCUCUUUUAAUGCCGUCCACGUGUUCCUUAAUCGAUGGCUCGAUCUUCUCCUCCUUCCGUACGGUCCGAUGCCAUUCCCUUCAAAUUCCCAACGCUCAUCCCUUUCUAGUGUCUAAUUUUGAGUUUUCACACUUCCGAAGGACAUCCGUAGGAAAUUCGAAUACUGUUUAGGGAUAGUUCUGUCAUUUUGCUAGGUUGUGAAAAAAAUAAAAAAAAAUAAAAACAGAUAUAUGUUACUAGAAGAUUUUGAAGAGGAUAUUUGUCAGAGUUCAGAAACCUCUGUUUCUCCUGCUCUCGUACUCCAUUCUCUCUUUUCUUUAUCUCUUCCUUUGUUUCUGUGAGCGCUAAUUUCAUGCUUGGUUAAUGUGAGUUGUAUCAAAGGGAAACGUUGAAAACAGAUAUCACAAGCAAGAAUAUAUUAUUACUCCAAAAUCUGGUUAAAUUUGCAAUCUGUAGCGGAGGACGGUGAUCAGAAAUGCAAGACAUACACUCAAUUGGCGGCGGAGGACGGUUAUUCAGCGGCGGAGGAGGAGGUGACAGGAGAUUAAGAGCACACCAUCACCAAAACCAGCAAGCAUUAAAGUGCCCUAGGUGUGACUCACUCAACACCAAGUUUUGCUACUACAACAACUACAACCUCUCACAGCCACGCCACUUCUGUAAGAAUUGCCGUAGGUACUGGACUAAAGGCGGCGUCCUCCGUAACGUCCCUGUUGGCGGUGGAUGCCGGAAAACAAAGCGCUCGAAACCGAAACACACCACAACCACCACGACCAACUCAACUAUCACUGCACCUACCACUAGUACCAAUACAAGUACGAUUCUAGCACAAGAAGAAGAGAGAAAGUCAUCGAAUUCUCAUUCGAGCAGCGAAAGCUCUAGUUUAACUGCUACAAAUACUGCAACUGGUUUAGAAGCAGCGUCAAGCUCUGCUUCUGCUACAACUAAUAUAUUGAAUAAUGGAAUUGGUGAAUCUAAAUUAUAUGUGCAUCCAAACACGAACACUACAAGCUUUGAGCAUGGUUUGUUAGAGCAAGAAUCAGACUGUGGCAUCUUCUCAGAGAUUGCAAGUCUUACUAGUUUAAUUACUUCUUCUUCAAAUGACCAUUUGCAGUUUGGAUUUGGUCAUUUAAUGACCCAGCAUAGCCUUGAGAAUAAUCAGCAGUGGCAUCAACAGCAGAAGAUGGUGGGAAUAUGCGGACAGAAUGAUAUGGCGGGAGGGUUGGUUGAUCAGACGGUUCAUAUUGAGUUAUCAGCGUUGCAGAUUAAUGAUAGAUCAGGAAAAGGAGGACCGUUGGAUUGGCAAGCGAGUGGUGGAGAUCAAAGUUUGUUUGAUCUUCCUAACGCCGUCGAUCAAACUUACUGGAGCCAGAGCCAGUGGACUGAUCAGGAUCAACCUACUCUCUAUCUCCCUUAAAACCAACAAAACUAACUCGAGCUCGCGCCACGUCAGCGUUAUAAAGAUAAUGGUGGCGAUAAUUAUGACACGGGUUACAAAAUAAAAGGGAAUGCGAUGAAGUGUGUACGGAGUAGAGUGUGGGAGUGGAACAGUCAGUUCAGAGAGGGAGAGGGAGGUGGGUGGUAGGGGCCCACGUGUGUCAUAAACGAUCCCCAUGCGUGAUUAUGACUCCACGUGGCGAUGGUGGGAAAUUGCUAUCCAAGUGUCGUAGUCAUACUGGACAAGGGACACCACAGAGUCGGUUUGUCGUGAAGGGGAGGACUAUUUGCACUCCUCUUGAAUCUUCUUCCACUCCUUUAGCCCCACACACUAGGCGUUUGUGGAGUUUAAGCCAACUAGCGUAGCUUCUACUGUGUUUCUAUUAUAAUUCAGCAUUAAAAAUAUAAAAUAUAUAUUAUAACUGUUUAUAUUAAUUAUGUUAUUUUAUGUGGCACAGUAAUAAUUAACUAUAAGAUUGUAUC